GUUGAAUUUAAAUAACCUUGACCAGAAAUGUCUUGAAUUCAGUUUUAUUCAAUCGUUGAACGGAACCUAACUGAACUCACGUUUAUUUUAUAAUACCAAAAAUGUCCCUCAUAUUACGAAUCAAACAAGUAGGAGGAAUGUCAAAAAUUGCAAGUGGAAAUUGGAUCUGUCAACUCCAUCAUCAUUCAUCAAGAGGAACUGCAUCAUUCAACUGGCAAGAUCCUCUGAACCUGGAGUCAUUAUUAACAGAAGAUGAAAAACUAAUUAGAGAUCAAUUCAAAUCAUACUGCCAGGAAAAUUUGCUGCCACGAAUCAAAGAAGCGAAUAGACGUGAAGUUUUUGAUAGAGAUAUAAUGACCGAAGUUGGUCGACUAGGUGUUCUUGGUUGUACGAUAAAAGGAUACAACUGUGCUGGAGUAUCGAAUGUGGCUUACGGGUUGCUGACGAGGGAAGUUGAAAGAGUUGAUAGCUCUUAUAGAUCGGCGGUUAGUGUACAAUCUUCGCUGGUGAUGGGGGCCAUCUACGACUAUGGCAUGGAGGAACAGAAGAAGAGGUACCUGCCACUUCUAGCUAGUGGUGAAUUGGUCGGCUGUUUUGGACUUACUGAACCCAAUCACGGCAGUGACAUAGGGCUAAUGGAAAGUAAAGCAAAAUAUGACCCUACUUCAAAAACAUAUGUUCUUAAUGGAAGUAAAACAUGGAUAACAAACUCUCCAAUAGCUGACAUACUCAUAGUAUGGGCAAGAUGUGAUGACUCUAAAGUUAGAGGAUUUAUAAUAAAUCGAAAAGAACAUGGCAAGGGGCUGGAAACGCCCAAAAUCGAAGGGAAAUUUUCAUUGAGAGCAUCGACAACAGGAAUGAUCCUAAUGGAUAACGUGAUAGUGCCCGAAGACCAUGUACUGCCGAACGUGGAAGGUAUGCGUGGUCCUUUUGGGUGUCUAAACAAUGCCCGGUAUGGGAUCGCUUGGGGAGCCCUGGGCGCGGCCGAAAACUGCCUGGAAAUUGCAAGGAAUUACACUUUGGAGAGGCGACAGUUCAACAGACCACUUGCAGCUAAUCAAUUGGUACAGAAAAAACUGGCAGACAUGUUGACGGAUAUUGGACUGGGUCUGAUGGGAUGUUACCAAGUUGGAAGGUUGAAAGAUGAAAAAAUGCAUACACCAGAGAUGAUUUCACUUCUGAAGAAGAAUAAUGUACAAAAAGCACUGGAAAUUGCCAGAACUGCAAGAGAUAUGUUGGGUGGUAAUGGUAUUUCGGAUGAGUAUCAUGUUAUAAGGCAUUUAAUGAAUUUAGAAGCAGUGAAUACCUAUGAAGGUACUUAUGAUAUUCAUACUCUGAUUUUGGGGCGUGCAAUAACGGAUAUUGCUGCUUUUUGAUACCAUUAAUCUAUAGAAAAAGGAUGCGCAUACUAAGUACACCCAACAAACAAUCAGAGUGCAUGUGUGAAUAUUCUUCACAACUGGCAUCUUUGAAGAAUAUAGGUACAUCAAUGAACAGAAGGACUGAAAUACAAAUUCUUCAUAUAUUUGUGAUGUAAAUUACUAUUCUAGAAUCACUAUUUUCCUGUCAUCAAAUAAUAGAAUGAACAGAAGGACUGAAAUAAAAAUUCUUUAUAUAUUUUUAAUGUAAAAUAUUAUUCUAGAAUUACUAUUUUCCUUUCAUCAAAUAAUACAUACAACAAAUUUU